GUUCUGCUGAUUGCAAGAAGCAGCAGAUAAGGUUUCUCCGCUUCGACUUCUUCAAGUUCGAAAUUUCAGAAUAGGAUGGUGUGGACAAACUCCAUUGUCGAAGCGGCUUCUGAUUGAAACUGCCAGUUAACUCAGAGAUUAAAGGUUUUUUGAAAUGAAAACUGAAGGUUAUAGAGACAAUAUGGAAAUGGGUACAAGUCAGAAUGUUGGAAGCAUAAUGUGGUUUUUCAGAGACAAAGGUUUUGAUGAUAAGAUUAUUUAUGAUAUGAUGAAAAGGUGCAAGCGAUUAGAAGGUGUUGAACGAGAAAGAGCCUCUGAAAACUGGGCUUACCUGAAAAGCAUUGGAAUUCAAGAAAGAAAGCUUCCUUGUGUGAUUUCCAAGUGCCCUAAAAUCCUUACUUUGGGUUUGAAUGAGAAGCUAAUCCCCAUGGUUGAAUGCCUUAAAACAUUAGGAACAAAACCCAGAGAAGUUGCUUCUGCCAUUGUCAGAUUCCCUCACAUACUCUCCCACAGUGUAGAAGAAAAGCUUUGUCCUCUUUUAGCUUUCUUCCAAGCAUUAGGGAUUGCUGAAAACCAACUUGGGAAAAUCAUAUUACUCAACCCAAGACUCAUCAGCUACAGCAUUGAAUCUAAACUCACCCAAGUUGUUAACUUUCUUGCUGAUCUUGGCCUCACUAAACAAGGGAUGAUUGCUAGAGUUUUGAUCAAACACCCGUUUAUAAUGGGUUAUAGUGUUGAUAAAAGAUUAUCUCCCACUACCCACUUCCUCAAAUCGAUUGGCCUCACUGAUUUCGAUCUUCAAUCUGUUGCAAUCAAUUUUCCUCAGGUGUUAUGCAGAGAUGUGAACAAGAUUUUGAGACCCAAUUUUACUUAUCUAAACACGUGUGGUUUUAGCAGUGCACAGAUUGUAGCUAUGAUCACAGGGUAUCCCCCAAUUUUGAUCAAGAGCACUAAGAAUUCAUUACGGCCUAGGAUCAAGUUUUUGGUAGAGGUGAUGAGAAGACAAUUAGAUGAAGCUGCGGAUUACCCUGACUUCUUUCGACAUGGUCUGAAGAAGACGGUGGAAUCACGCCACAAAAUGCUCAAAGAAAGAAAUAUAGAUUGUAGUUUGAGUGAAAUGCUUGACUGUAAUCCAAAGAAGUUCUUCUUCAAGUUUGGUUUCUUUGAAAGCUCUUCAUGAUAUAUUGUAUCUUCUUCUUUCAGUCAAUUUGUAAACUCUGUCU